AACAUAACUUCUUACACAAAAUGAAUCUAAUUAUUUUUCCUUGUUUUCUGAUGUGAUACAUAUUUAUGAAGAAUAUCGUUGUUGUCACUGCAAGUAUUAUUACAGUAACGCAUUUUUAUAUACUUUCUGAUGAAGAACCAGACCAUAUAUAUCUCUAGCACGUCUUCACUGAAUCCGACAACAACACGGACUAUCUCGUCCUAGGCAAUAAUUUUUAAGCGGCACACAUCUAUGUGUUUCUGUAGUUCACUGAAACUGAGGAACGCGGUGACAUAUGUGGAUACGUUGAAAAAUCUUUUUUUUAAUAUUAAAUUUGUUUGUGAACAGAACAUCAAGAAAAGUACAGCUGUUGUUGUUGACCUUGGAAUUAAUAAAGCAUUGAAAAUGUCAACAACAGGAUUAAUACAUUGCCAGUUAUGGAUGGGAGGCGUUAGGAGGCAGAUCCCAAACUCCGUAUUUGCUCCUCUGACGAGUCGCAAGAUGCCAUUUGCCUUAGAUUAGCAGUGGUGCUAAUAUUAACGAAAUCUACCAAAUGCAUAUUAAUAAUUUUCGUUCUUCUGGAGCCCUAUAUGACAGAAAGUUUUGUAAUGUCUGCUUUCCAAAGAAUGGGGGAGCAGCCCCAGAAUGUUAAGGUUAUGAGAAAUAAGUACACUGGAGAGCCGGCAGGAUAUUGUUUCGUGCAUUUCGCAACAGAUGAUGCAGCUCUGAAUGCAAUGCACAAACUCAGUGGGAAAGUUAUUCCAAAUACCCAGCCUCCAAUUCGGUUCAAGUUGAACCAUGCAAGUACAACAGGUCGCCCACCAAUAGACCGGGAGUUCUCUCUGUGGGUUGGAGACCUGACACCUGAUGUUGAUGACUAUACACUAUACAGGACUUUCGCUACUCGCUAUCAAUCCAUUAGAACAGCGAAAGUGAUUCUGGACAAUGCUGGCUACAGUAAAGGCUAUGGAUUCAUCAGGUUUGCCAAUGAAGAGGAACAGAAAAACUGUCUUGUGCAGAUGAAUGGCUACAAAGGCCUGGGAAGCAAGGCCAUAAAAAUCAGCAAUGCUGUGCCCAAGCCUCAUCGCCUCCAGCCAACAACGACUAGCAGUGCAACAACAACAAUAAACACAAGUGGAUAUACCUCAAGCCAGGACUACACCCAGUAUUAUGAUCCUUCAUACUGGCAGAAUUACUCUGCUUGGCAAGGUUACUAUGAUGCAAGCACAGAUCCAACAGUUGCAGCAUCUGUUCACAUGACACAGGCAGCGGCAACAGACUACACACAGGGUUCUCACGUGAUUCAGCAGGCUGUAGAUGAGACUGUAAGCGCUGAAGAUGAUCUGGAGCUAGUUGAACACAACAUUCCGCUGGAUGUCGAGAAGAUGAAUCGGGAGCUGAUUGACAGAGACUACAACUUUUGGGAUGCUCUUGAAAGUUCAAAAUGGCUGCCUGUUGAAGGACUGGAAUGUAACUGAAUAAUGCCGCAUUAAUCCUACAAUACAGUAUUUAUUAUACAAUAAAGAAAAAUACAUUUGCAAAUUGUAUUAAUGAUUGCUGUAUAAAGUUAUAUAAGAUUUG